GGCCGAUCGCCUUGUCCUUUCUUCUCCAUCCAUCCAUCAAGAUGCGCUCCGGACUGCUGCUUCCUUUGGCCCUGGCAAUGUGGGUCACCAUCUCGUGGGCUGCUAGGACCCCUUACCAACAGAUUUUGCAUCACAGCCGAAUCCGGGGCAGGCAUCAAGGUCCCAAUGUGUGUGCUGUGCUGAAGCUCAUUGGAACAAACAGGCAAUACCUGCCAAACUGCAAACUGUGGUACCAGAGGAAAAUCUGUGGAAAAUCAACAGUGAUUGCCUAUGAAUGUUGUCCAGGAUAUGAAGAAGUUCCUGGAGAAAAAGGCUGCCCAGCAGCUUUGCCUCUUUCAAACCUUUACGAAACACUUGGAAUUGUUGGGGCCACAACCACUCAGCUCUAUUCUGCCAGCUCUAACCUGAGUGCUGAAAUCACAGGCCCUGGGAGCUACACCAUCUUUGCCCCAACCAACGAGGCCUGGGCAUCCUUGCCUGCUGAAAUGUUGGAUUCUUUGGUGAGUAAUGUUAAUAUUGAGCUGCUAAAUGCUCUUCGCUACCACAUGGUGAAUAAGCGAGUCCUAACUGAUGAUCUGAAACAUGGAACAUCUUUCCCUUCAAUGUACCAAGAUAUUCAUAUCCAGAUCCACCAUUACCCAAAUGGAAUUGUGACAGUGAACUGUGCGAGGUUGUUGAAGGCUGACCAUCAUGCCACCAAUGGAGUGGUCCAUCUGAUAGACAAAGUCAUUUCUACAACAACAAACAAUAUCCUGCAAAUUGUUGAGAUUGAAGAAAGUCUUGAAACCCUUCGGGCUGCUGUGGCAGCUGCUGGUCUCAACAAUCUUUUAGAAAAUGAAGGCCAAUUUACACUGUUAGCUCCAACCAAUGAAGCCUUUGAGAAGAUCCCACCAGAAACUCUAACCAGGAUCCUGGGAGACCCAGAAGCUCUAAAAGAUCUGUUAAGCAACCAUAUCUUGAAAACUGCUAUGUGUGCUGAAGCCAUCAUUGCUGGCUUAUCCAUGGAAACGUUGGAGGGUAACAUGUUGGAACUCGGCUGUAAUGGUGAUGAACUGACCCUCAACGGAAAGCCAAUUAUUGCUAACAGGGAUGUCAUUGCGACCAAUGGUGUGAUACACUUUGUCAACGAACUACUCAUCCCAGAUUCUGCUAAAACUUUGUUGGAGUUGGGUAUGGAAUCUGAAGUUUCAAAGUCUAUUGACCUUUUUAGACAAGCUGGUCUCCAGUCUCAUCUCACUGGAAAUGAACGAUUGACGCUCCUGGUCCCUAUCAACUCUUUCUAUGAAGAUCACACUCCUUCAGCAGAUAGGAACUUGCUCCGGGAUCAUAUUAUUAAGGAACAGCUUUCCUCUAAGUACCUUUAUCAUGGACAGAAGCUAGAAACGCUGAGUGGGAAACAACUGAGAGUCUUUGUGUAUCGCAACAAUCUCUGCAUCGAAAAUGUCUGCAUUGCUGCCCAUGACAAGAGAGGAAGAUUUGGAACCUUGUUCUCCGUAGAUAAGAUGCUGACUCCUCCUGUCGGAACGGUCAUGGAUGUGCUUAAAGCAGACGAUCGCUUCAGUACUCUAGUAGCUGCCAUCCAGGCUGCGGGUCUGACAGAAACACUGAAUAGGCCGAGGUCAUUCACAGUGUUUGCACCUACAAAUGAAGCUUUCCAGGCCAUGCCACCAAGGGAGCUGAGAAGACUUAUGAAUAAUGCGAAUGAACUUGCUGACCUUCUGAAGUACCACAUUGGGGAUGAAAUUCUGGUUAGUGGCGCAGUUGGUGCUGUUGUAAGAAUCAAGUCUCUACAGGGUGAAAAGCUGGAAAUCAGCUCUAAAAACAACGUAAUAAACAUCAACAAGGAACCUGUUGCUGAGGCUGAUAUUAUGGCCACUAAUGGUGUGAUUUAUGCUGUAAAUACUGUUUUACAACCACCAGCUUCUAGGCCGACUGAAAGAAAUGAUGAUCCUUCAAACCCUUCACUGGAAAUCUUCAAGCAUGCCUCUGCAUUAUCCCAGGUUUCCAUAAAGAAUUCUAGGCUAGCUCCUGUGUAUUCCAGAUUGUUAGCAAGGAUGAAACAUUAAAGUGACAGCAAUUCUUCAUGUAAAGCACAACCAAGGAUUCGCCUAGCUUUUGCCAUUGGGUUGUUGAAGAGAAGGACUCCAUUAAAAAACAAAACACAAAAAACCACAACUGCCACUAGCAGCUUGUAUCACAGAAAGAUGACCUUUUCCCAACAGAAAUGAAGGAGAGAAAAUAAAAGCCAUAUAUUUAAACCAUUGUUUGAUAACGUUAAUUUUGUUCCCAUCGGUAAUUGAAAAUCUAGGGAGCGUCAGCUAUGGGUGUCUACUCCAAAACGAUUUAGGCUCAAUCCCUAGGCAUGUGAGAACUAAGAAUGUAUGACUGUGAUUGACAGUCAGCCUGAAAUCUAUGCCUCUCAGGUUAGUGCUUAAGAAAGUUUGUACGUGCUGUCAGGAAUUGAACAUCUUAUAUAGCAAAUGCUGAGUCAGACCAUUAAUCCAUCUAGCCCAGAACUAUUUCUUCUCUUGGGCAGCAACUUUUCCAGUUCUCCAGUAUGAGUUUUUCCCAUUUCUGCUGACAACCUUGUGCCUUGGCCCUGAUACAUGCAAACCAUGCACUCUGCCACUGAGCUACAUGCUUUCCCCAAUUGAGAUGUUUUCCUACAUUAAGAUCCCCCCACCCCAGAUAUUCAAAUAUUUCUGAUAUGAAAUAGUUGCGGAUUUGGCUUCCGAAAAGGAAGCUACUGAGCUUUUGAAUUAGUCUGAAUUAAUCUCAGGUUGGCUUCUGUUUUAUACUACAUUCUGUCUACAGUCUGAAAAAAAUGCAGUAGUUUAGAAUGCCCCUACAGUUUUGCAGAAAUUCCCUGCAAAGAUUGGUGAAGCUCAUGGCCUAAACUGUAUUCUUUGUCCUUGGGGGCCAAUCGGAGGGUCAGUUUUUUUAUAAGGUGCUAAUAACAGAUUUUCCUAUUUCAUUGAGUUUUUGUUGUGAACUAUUUUUAGGAGAGUCACAGAACCAUCUAGUAUUCAUUUCUCUAUGUUCCGUGUCAGAAUCAUUAGCUUGUACUUGUAGGUUAGAAACUGUCUCUAAACCUUGAUGCUGGUUUUUAAAAAUAAAAAUAAAUCACAGAGUAAAGAAGCUUCGCAUUAGAGUAAGCAUCCAGCUUUGUGAAUUCUUUAACAGUUUCUGAUUUCAGGCUUACAAUCCACCAGCUAAGAUAUUCCAUUUUGGUCUUUCUCUUGUAGUUAAGGGGGGCAGUGUACUUAAGGGGUGGGGGUAGUUACAUUUUGAAAAUGAAGACCAGGCAACAGAUUUCAUAACAAUAACCUAAGAACUUAGAAUCAUAGUAUCAUCAUAGAAUAAUAGAGUUGGAAGGGACCUAUAAGGCAUCAAGUCCAACCCUCUGCGCAAUGCAGGAAUCACUAUUCACUAACUUUUCCCCCAAAACUUGUAGCUGUGACAACCUGGUCAUAAGUUUGUAUGUGUACGUUUUAAGGGAAGCAGACUUAAAAAGUAUAAACCUGUGCCUUCAAUUAAACAGUGCCUCUGUAUUAACAGUCCAAGGAACAACUAGCUUCAUACAUGCACAGCUAGCUUCACACAUGCAGUUAAGUUUUCUGCUUUUUCAUCCACAUCCCACCCCAUCAAGAGUCCCUAACAGAUGGCAAAACACUCUUGAAAUUUAGAUUUUUAAAAGGGGGGGUGCAAAUUAAUGUGGGAGACUAUUAAAAAAAAAGCUGCCUGUACAUGUACAGGCUGUCACACAUGCUGACAUGACCUCUCUGAAUUGUGGCCAGUAAUCUUAGAGACAUUGCUAGGCGCACUCUGAACAAUGUAAUUUGUGUACUUCAGCAAGAACAUGUGGUUUUUAUUUUCUUCCCUCCUGUGCUUUGAAAACCAAUUCUGCGCUUUAACAUUUUCAUUUUUAAAAAAGCCUCAUUGUUGAUAUUAGGGAAUUUGCAUGAUAUAACCUGUGGUUUGAUCAGUGCUGUCAAUUAGCUUUUGUUUACACAUAUGGUUCUAACUUUAAUAUCUUUUGUUCUUCCUGAGUCUGAAAAUGCACCCUCUCUGUAAUGUGGUCAUAGAGCUCUCCCUCAUCAAAACCUUCGAAUAAACAAUUCAUUUGUAAUAAAA